GGCUCCCUACCACAGCCUACUGGCCCCUCUACCCUGGUGGACAUCUGGAUGUGCCGCCCCAUCUCUUUGAAAUACCCUGGUAGUGUUUCUCCACUGCCCCCCAGUCUCUCCUUUACCCUGCUGUAGUCAAAGAUUCUCAAAAGGAAAUGUGAGUGUGGACCACCUUGGGUAGAGAGGGGAAGUGAGACAGUAGCGGGUUGGUGAUGGAGUAAGAAAGUGUGGGGAUAGGAAGGGUGUGAGGUGCCCCCAGAAGCUGCAGGUGCACCUCAGAAUGGAAUUUCAGUGUCCUGACACCCAUUUCCCCUUCCUGGGCCCUCGUGCUGGGAGAGAAGCUGGGUGAGGUGUAAAGGUGUGAACCCCUACCUCCCCUCACCCAGAGCCCAGCCCAGGGGCUUUCCACCUCUUUUAGGAGCUCAGAUGGCACUGGGAUUUCUGGGGGCCACCUGCCACGGCAGCAGCAAAGGCUCAGCACCCUCUGUUUCCUGGGCCCUUAGAAAUCACGGAGGCCACUGCCAAGAAAUAGCCCUGGCAGGCAGUGGAAGCUGCUAGAGGUGGGGGAGAGCCAGGGAACAAAGGGCAGGAGCCGGCCUGCCUCCGGGGAGGGCUGGAAUGUGCACUGUGGUCUGGCUUACCUGGAGCCCAGGUGAGCAUGUCACCUGAGCUGCCUUUUCCCCUGAGAAGCCUCCCCACCUACUCUACAGCUUGGGAGCAAGGGGAGGGCAGCCCAGUGCUCAGCCCUGGGAUGCUGGAGAGCACCCAGCUCAGGCUCUCCUUCCUCUUCAAAAUCUAUCCCGGGAUCCUUUGAGAGACUACCACCAGACCAGGUGGCCGCAGUGUGUCGGGAGGCUGAGCUGGACUCCUGGGCUCCUAGCUGGCUCCCGUCCUGGCCCUGACCUCUGGGAUCACAGGUUGAAGGCAGGGCCAACAGGAUGGAUGGGCACUUAGGAUUGCUGUCAUGACUGAAAUGGCCCGAGAUCCUGCCAGCCCCUGGCCAGAAACAUGAGCGUGAGCCGGGCCAUGGAGGACAGCUGUGAGCUGGACCUGGUGUACGUCACGGAGAGGAUCAUCGCCGUCUCCUUCCCCAGCACAGCCAACGAGGAGAACUUCCGGAGCAACCUCCGAGAGGUGGCCCAGAUGCUCAAGUCCAAACAUGGCGGCAGCUACCUGCUUUUCAACCUCUCUGAGCGGAGGCCUGACAUCACGAAGCUCCACGCCAAGGUACUGGAAUUUGGCUGGCCUGACCUUCACACCCCAGCCCUGGAGAAGAUCUGCAGCGUCUGCAAGGCCAUGGACACUUGGCUCAAUGCAGACCCUCACAACGUCGUCGUUCUACACAAUAAGGGAAACCGAGGCAGGAUCGGCGUUGUCAUUGCAGCUUACAUGCACUACAGCAACAUUUCUGCCAGUGCUGAUCAGGCCCUGGACCGGUUUGCAAUGAAGCGGUUCUAUGAGGAUAAGAUUGUGCCAAUUGGCCAGCCAUCCCAGAGAAGGUACGUGCACUACUUCAGUGGCCUACUCUCUGGCUCCAUCAAAAUGAACAACAAGCCCUUGUUUCUGCACCACGUGAUCAUGCACGGCAUCCCCAACUUCGAGUCUAAAGGAGGGUGUCGGCCCUUUCUCCGGAUCUACCAGGCCAUGCAGCCUGUCUACACGUCUGGCAUCUACAAUGUCCAAGGAGACAGCCAGACCAGCAUCUGCAUCACCAUCGAGCCUGGACUGCUCUUGAAGGGAGACAUCUUGCUGAAGUGCUACCACAAGAAGUUCCGGAGCCCCGCCCGAGAUGUCAUCUUCCGAGUGCAGUUCCACACCUGUGCCAUCCAUGACCUGGGGGUUGUCUUUGGGAAGGAAGAUCUUGAUGAUGCCUUCAAAGAUGAUAGAUUUCCAGAAUAUGGCAAAGUAGAAUUUGUAUUUUCUUAUGGACCAGAGAAAAUUCAAGGCAUGGAACACCUGGAGAACGGGCCGAGCGUGUCGGUGGACUAUAACACCUCCGACCCCCUCAUCCGCUGGGAUUCCUACGACAACUUCGAUGGGCAUCGAGAGGACGGCCUGGAGGAGGUGGUGGGUCACACUCAGGGACCUCUGGACGGGAGCCUGUAUGCCAAGGUGAAGAAGAAGGACUCCCUGCACGGCAGCACUGGGGCUGUCAACGCCGUGCGCCCCGCCCUGUCGGCCACCCCCAACCACGUGGAGCACACCCUCUCCGUGAGCAGCGACUCAGGCAACUCCACAGCCUCCACCAAGACAGACAAGACCGACGAGCCUGCCCCCGGGCCCUCCAGUGCCCCUGCUGCCCUGAGUCCCGAGGAGAAGCGCGAGCUGGACCGCCUGCUCAGUGGCUUUGGUGUCGAGAGAGAGAAGUCAGGGCCCAUGUACCGCACCCAGCAUCUCCGGUCCCGCCCCGUGGGGGGCCCGGCCGUGCCCUCCUCUGGCCGCCAUGUCGUCCCAGCCCAGGUUCAUGUCAACGGCGGGGCCUUGGCAUCUGAGCGGGAGACGGACAUCCUGGAUGAUGAGUUGCCCAACCAGGACGGGCACAGCGUGGGCAGCAUGGGCACACUGUCCUCCCUGGACGGGGUCACCAACACCAGUGAGGGAGGCUACCCAGCGGCCCUGUCCUCACUGACCAACGGGCUGGACAAGCCCUACCCCGUGGAACCGAUGGUCAAUGGCGGGGGCUACCCCUACGAGUCUGCCGGCCGGGUGACGCCUGCCCAUGCCGGCCACACGGCCCCCAUGCGGUCCUCCUACUCCGCACAGGAGGGUUUAGCCGGCUACCAGCGGGAGGGGCCCCACCCAGCCUGGCAGCAGCCAAUGACCGCCUCCCACUAUGGCCUUGACCCCAGUGGUAUGUUCCGCUCCCAGUCCUUUCCGGAGAGUGAGCCCCAGCUGCCCCCAGCUCCAGCCCGUGGGGGCAGCAGCCGGGAGGCUGUGCAGAGGGGCCUGAAUUCCUGGCAGCAACAGCAACCUCGUCCGCCCCCUCGCCAGCAGGAGAGAGCCCACCUGGAGAGUCUCGGGCCCAGCAGGCCCAGCCCCCAGCCACUGGCCGAGACCCCCACCCCCAGCCUCCCUGAGUUCCCAAGCGCAGCCUCCCAGCAGGAGAUCGAGCAGUCCAUCGAAGCACUCAACAUGCUGAUGCUGGAUCUGGAGCCGGCCGCAGCUGCUACCCCCCUGCACAAGUCCCAGAGUGUCCCGGGGGCCUGGCCAGGGGCUUCCCCGCUGUCCUCCCAGCCUCUCUCCGGCUCCGCCUGCCAGCCCCAUCCACUGACCCAGUCCAGGUCUGGCUACAUCCCCAGUGGGCAUUCCUUGGGAACCCCUGAGCCGGCCCCGCGGGCCUCCCUGGCCCUGGAGUCCUUCCCUUCUGGCAGGCCUUACUCCCCUUAUGAUUAUCAGCCAUGUCCUGCUGGGUCCAGCCAGAGUUUCCGUCCAAAGAGCCCAGCCUCGUCCUCCUCGUCUGCCUUCCUUCCAACCACCCAUAGCCCUCCAGGGCCUCAGCAGCCCCCAGCCUCUCUCCCUGGCCUCACUGCUCAGCCUCAACUCCCACCAAAGGAGGCAACUUCAGACCCAUCCCACACUCCAGAGGAGGAGCCACUGAACCUGGAGGGGCUGGUGGCCCACCGGGUAGCAGCGUACAAUGCCAAGCUGCAGGGCAUGGGGCACACCAGCUUUCGGCUGCCUCCUCUCCACCGGCUCCGAUCUUCCUCCCUCUCUGGGGUGCAGGCUCGGGAGAAGCAGCCUGCAGAGCCGCCAGCCCCUCUCCGGAGGCGGGCAGCCAGCGAUGGACAGUAUGAGAACCAGUCUCCAGAACCCGCAUCCCCCCGUAGCCCUGGGGUUCGUUCCCCUGUCCAGUGCGUCUCCCCCGAGCUGGCUCUCACCAUCGCCCUCAAUCCUGGAGGGCGGCCCAAAGAGCCCCAUCUGCACAGCUACAAGGAGGCCUUUGAGGAGAUGGAGGGAACCUCCCCGACCAGCCCACCGCCCAGUGGGGUGCGCUCCCCUCCAGGUCUGGCCAAGACGCCCCUGUCUGCUCUCGGCCUGAAACCCCACAACCCAGCGGACAUCCUGUUGCAUCCUACAGGUGAGGAGGCUGAGGGGAAGGUGGUGACCGAGCUUCCCAAAGAGCCCCGGAGCUAUGUGGAGUCGGUGGUGAGGACAGCAGUGACUGGACCCCGAGCUCAGGACCCUGAGCCCAAGAGCUUCAGUGCCCCAGCUGCCCAGGCCUAUGGCCACGAGAUGCCCCUGAGGAAUGGGACCCUGGGAGGCUCCUUUGUCUCCCCCAGCCCCCUCUCCACCAGCAGCCCCAUCCUCAGUGCUGACAGCACUUCAGUGGGGAGUUUCCCAUCUGGGGAAAGCAGCGACCAGGGCCCCCGGACACCCACCCAGCCUUUGCUGGAUCUGGGCUUCCGUUCCGGCAGCCUGGGCCAGCCCAGUCCUUCGGCACAGAGAAGCUACCAGAGCUCUUCUCCUCUCCCACCCGUGGGCAGCAGCUACAGCAGCACCGACUACUCACUUCAGCAGUUCAGCGCCCCGGAAAGCCAGACGCGGCCUCAGUUCACUGUGGCCGGCGUCCACACGGUGCCUGGAAGCCCUCAGGCUCGCCACAGGACAGUGGGCACCAACACCCCCCCCAGUCCUGGCUUUGGCCGCCGGGCCAUCAACCCCAGCAUGGCUGCCCCUGGUAGUCCCAGUUUGAGCCACCGCCAGGUGAUGGGUCCAGCAGGAACUGGUUUCCACGGUAGCACGGUCUCCAGCCCCCAGGGCAGCGCAGCGACCACUCCGGGAAGCCCCAGCCUGGGCCGGCAUCCCGGGGCCCACCAGGUUUCAGGCCUCCACGGCAGUGUGGCCACGACUCCGGGAAGCCCCAGCCUGGGCCGGCACCCUGGGGCGCACCAAGGCAGCCUGGCCUCUGGUCUCCAUGGCAACGCGAUAGCCAGCCCUGGAAGCCCCAGCAUGGGCCGGCACCUGGUAGGGUCUGGAUCUGUGGUUCCCGGCAGCCCCAGCCUGGACCGGCACGUGGCCUGCGGUGGCUACUCCACCCCCGAUGACCCGAGACCCACGCUGUCCCGGCAGAGCAGUGCCUCCGGCUACCAGGCUCCCUCCACGCCCUCCUUCCCUGUGUCCCCUGCCUACUACCCAGGCCUGAGCAGCCCUGCCACCUCCCCAUCGCCCGACUCGGCCGCCUUCCGGCAAGGGAGCCCCACACCAGCCUUGCCCGAGAAGCGGAGGAUGUCCGUGGGAGACCGAGCGGGCAGCCUCCCCAACUACGCCACCGUCAAUGGGAAGGUGUCCUCCUCGCCUGUGGCCAGUGGCAUGUCCAGUCCCAGCGGGGGCAGCACCGUCUCCUUCUCUCACACCCUGCCCGACUUCUCCAAGUACUCCAUGCCAGACAACAGCCCCGAGACACGGGCUAAAGUGAAGUUUGUCCAGGACACUUCCAAGUAUUGGUACAAGCCUGAGAUCUCCAGAGAGCAGGCCAUCGCACUCCUCAAGGACCAGGAGCCGGGGGCCUUCAUCAUCCGCGACAGCCAUUCCUUCCGAGGGGCCUACGGGCUGGCCAUGAAGGUGUCUUCUCCCCCUCCGACCAUCAUGCAGCAGAAUAAAAAAGGGGACAUGACCCAUGAGCUGGUGAGACAUUUCCUGAUCGAGACCGGCCCCAGAGGAGUCAAGCUCAAGGGGUGCCCCAAUGAGCCAAACUUUGGGUCUCUCUCUGCCCUGGUCUACCAGCAUUCCAUCAUCCCACUGGCUCUGCCCUGUAAGCUGGUCAUUCCAAACCGAGACCCCACAGAUGAAUCGAAAGAUAGCUCGGGCCCUGCCAACUCCACCACUGAUCUGCUGAAGCAAGGGGCAGCCUGCAACGUGCUCUUCGUCAACUCUGUGGACAUGGAGUCACUCACUGGGCCACAGGCCAUCUCCAAAGCUACUUCUGAGACACUGGCUGCUGACCCCACACCAGCUGCCACCAUUGUUCACUUCAAAGUUUCUGCACAGGGAAUUACACUGACUGACAACCAGAGAAAGCUCUUCUUCAGACGACACUACCCCCUCAACACUGUCACCUUCUGUGACCUGGAUCCUCAGGAGAGAAAGUGGAUGAAGACAGAGGGAGGUGUCCCUGCUAAGCUCUUCGGAUUCGUGGCCCGGAAGCAGGGCAGCACCACGGACAAUGCCUGCCACCUCUUCGCUGAGCUUGACCCCAACCAGCCCGCCUCCGCCAUUGUCAACUUCGUCUCCAAGGUCAUGCUGAGUGCGGGCCAGAAGAGAUGAACGCCACCCCUCGCCCAGGGCCAGGGCAGUGGGGGGGAUGGGGCGAGUGGGGAGGGGACCCAUGAAUCCUGACCACCCUUGAAUCCAGAAGGAGGACUUUGGGCCAAUUUUGGAGAAGGAGAGAAGAAAGUGCAACGUGGGGAGGGGGAAGUGAAUUGCAGAGGGGAAGGGGGAAGAGAGAGAGAGAGAGAAAGAAAAAGAUGGAGGAGAAUAACUUGGAUUCCCCUGGGUGGAGGGAUACUGUGGAGCCCUGAAAGCCUCCACCGCUCACCAGGUCCACCUAAUUCCCCCUUCCCCCCUCCGAGAGGAUGGGGCUCCUCAGAGGAGACAGACCAACUCCUUGGGGAUCUGUCAUUUGGGAGUAAAUGGAAAAGCUCUGUCUCCCUAACCCGACUGCUUCGCAAGGAGAAAUCAGAUUGAGAGAAUCCUUUUCUGGCCGCCUCCGGGGUAGAUUGGUGAACCAAACACAGCCAGCAUGGGACGUCACGUGGCCGAACUUUUGCCUUUGAAAGUAUCUGAGACCUGAGGUACCUGAGGUCUCUGGACUCCGCCUCCGCUGUGCAGUCUGUGCGGGUGUAUAUACGGGGUGCGUAAUAGGUCCACACCCCCAUCCUCACUGACUUUCCUGUGCCUCUCAGCCAGGUAUAACACCUGUCCUUGUCUGUGCCCCGUGUGUUUGCGCACACACAUGUGCAUCCUGUCCAAAGAAAGCAAUAGCAGGGGGUGACAGGGCAGCGGGGGAGGGGGGGACAUAAGCCCUCUUCCCCACGAGUACCCAAGAUUCUGGGUCACAGACUGGGCCCCUGUGCCUGCAUUCUAGCGGCCCCGUGCGCUGCCAGCCCUUCUCAAGAAAGACCCCAGUGGGAGGGCGGCUGGCUGCCUGACGGCGGUACCCCCUGUUCUGCCUCAGUCGGGAGGCUGGAGUAUUGGUUCCGGGAGGUGCAGACAUGCAUGCGCAUCGUCUUGGGGGAGAGAUCCGUCAGGAGGGGCGGCUGUGGAGCUGGCAGGAUCGCGGGUGUGUGGCCCUGCAGUAGCCUGGGCAGGUGGCUCCCACCAGCUCCGAGCCCUCAGCCCGUUCUUGGGUUUUGUGCCCCAGACCAGCCUUUCCUCCCAUUUGCUUAUCUGUUUGAUGCCCUUGCGGCUGUGGGGGAUUGAGCCUUCCUGCCCUGCCCUGCCCCGUCCUUCAGUGUCCCCAUGUUGGAGCUUGUCCUGCCGAACCUGCUUUCAAAAGCCCUGCCCAGCAAGCCCCAGGGAAGACACCCGAAGGCCUCGUGCUCCCCUCUGCGGGUGUUUCGGGGUCUGACUUUUACGGGGCUGUCCAGGAUAUCCUUAGCAGAGCUCUUGUUGCUGCUGCCUGUGCAUCCCACAUGGCCUACGUACCACGCCAAAGCCUUGCUGUUACCCCUCCUGCCUUGGUUUCCCCGGCAGAGCCAAGCUGCCGUGGAACAGAGGGGCCGAGGCAUGCAUUUAGGUCAGAGGGCCGAGAAUCCAUCUGGGCAGUUGGGGAAACCCCCAGACCACCACCCAAGGACUCUAAGCCAGAAUGGAAAAUUCACCAGGACUCCAUUCUUGAAUGGCUUCUUAAGCCCAGGGGGUCCCCUAGAGAGAGGCAUUGUACUGAUAUAUAAAUAUAUAUAAUAUAUAUGUGAGACAUACUGACAGAAUCUGUAAGCUAAUAAAAUAUAAGAAAAGGUUAAAAAAAAAGAAUAGGUAAAUUGACAAGAAGUAUUUAUUGUUUUCCCAUAUUGCUUUAUCGCCUCCCCGGGCAUAAACCAGUUCCCGUCCCUUUUUUUAUGUCUAAGUGAAGUCUGAAACGUAGGGGCCCUUUAUCCUUGGAGUGGGCAGUGGGGAGGCAAUGUGCCUGCUCCAUUCCCAUGGCCCCCUUAUUUUCUGGUAAGCCUGGGGCUCAGCAGUCAGCUCCCAGAGAUGAGGGGGAGCUGCCCCCUCACUAUGGGCCUGAGCAAGUGUGUGAGCCUGUGGGGGACAAAGGUGUGUGUGGCCGAUGUGGGUGAUGUGUGUGUCUUUUGCAUUUUUUCUCCUCCAAGAAGCUGUAUCUGUGUGGACAUUCUGUUUCAGGGAGUUGGAAAGGAGAAUUGUCUGAAGGUGGGAAGCAGGCCCCCGCUUCCUAAAGGUUGCAACCUUGUACUUGGUGACCGAGGUUCUUCCAAAGUGCUCUUCCUUCUGAGGCGUUCAAGCCAGAUACCCAGAUAUCCCCCCCUAUUCCCACCCACCCCAACUCUCUCCCCAGAUAGGAGGUAUUUCCUGCCCACUUCCUUUGUAAAUAUCUUAAAUCUCCCACUGGACGUGGCCCCAGAGUCUCGCCCCUCCUCGUCUGGAUGUCCUCUCCUCACUUGGGGCCAGGUGGAGCGGCAGACCCUUUGGCAGCCAGCCCUGGGCCUUCCACAUGCUUUUCCCACCACCUCCCCCCGCCCCAGCAGCCCCCACCUCCCGGGCAUGGCCAGCCUGCCCCACUCGGGCCUGAGCCGAGUGUGACCCUGGGAAGGACCAGGGCAUCCUGGGAAGCUGAUUGGCUCAAUCCUCACUCCCUUGCAUCCCUCUGGAAGGAGUGGGUUUCAGAAGAAUGGUAGGGAAGGGUACCCCAGUCUCCAAGUGGCCCUACCUUUGGGUCAGACACUGGUUGGGAGGACACUGUGGCCCUCCCAUGUCUCACAGGUUAGGUCUGUGCACCCCAGCAUGCACACACACACACACACACACACACACACAGCACCGCAGUAUAUUCUUGCCAAAGAUUUCCUUUAAGAGAAAGCACUUUUAAUCAUUAUUGUUAUUAUUGUGUAAAUGUCUAGCCUUUUCUCUCCUCCCUCCUCCUCACCCCUGUUUGCUGUUACUGUUGAAUCUGUCUGUCAGCCAGGAGAGUGCUGUCUGGUCUUGCAAACAGGCUGGCAGGGCCAGGGUCCGGGGGAAGUUGGCAAGGAGGAGUGGGAGAGGCAGGGUCAGGUUGCAGAGCGGGGGUGCAGACGUCAGGCGGGCUUACGGCCCCCCGCGUUCCAGCCCGGCGUCUGAGGCCGGCUCCGGGGCCUCCCUGGGGCAGGCCCGUGUGGUGUCUGGAGGGAAGAGGGCAGGGAGAUGACAUGUGUCUGACUCUGGGAGAGGUCCAGCGAGGUGCAGGUGGCUCCACGCCGGUGGACCAGGAGGAGAGGGCAGAGCAUGGGAACAAUGGAGAGGUGACCCCAGAGGGGAAAGAGGAAGGAAGGGAGCUGUCUGGUCCACCUCCAGGGGUGCCUGGAAUGCCCCUGCCCUGCAGUCUUGGCGUCCUGGCCCCCUCAUCUAGCCAGCUAUCUGAGGGCCACGUACACUGUGACCGAGGUUCGGGAUGGGCCUUUGACCUCCAUCUUCAUCAGAGUCUCUCCCCAGCGGCUCUGAAAACUCAUGGAGUCCUUCUCCCUUGGGCUUCGAGGAAUCCCUCGGUGUAUCAGAGACUGGCAGGAUAGGGCCGGUGGGGCCUGGUGGCCGUAAGAGGCGGCAACCAGAGGCACAAGUGUGAGCCUUACAAAGGUGCUCUCAGGAGAGGGAGGAAGGGGACGCCGAUGCGCCCGGGCCCAGGUCGGGCAGCCUCUUCCCACCAUGCAGGGCAUGUGGAGGUGUCUGGAAGCAGAACAUCUGUGCUGGACACUUGCCCACCAUCCCUGCCUCCCGAGUCUUCCCUCCUUCUUUGAACUUCUCAACUUCAGGCCCUGGGGAGCCCAAGUGGGUCCAUACCCUAUCCAGGGGCUGCCUACAUCCCCUACAUCUCCCCACGCUCAGGGUCCUUGGAGAGGUUGGGGGCAGAGUCCCAGAGCCAUUCCUCACCCAGGCCCAGGCCCCAGGAUCCAGAAACCGGAGCUCCUGGCCAGUGUAACGCAGGACAUAGGCGUGCGUGUGCAUGCGAGUACAGGAGUCUGUGUGUGCAUAUUUUGCUGAUCUCUUUAGGAAACGUGGGGUUAGGGCCAAAGAUAGUGGGUGGGCAAUGGGACGCCCAGUUCGAUAUCACCCAGCAGUGAAAGGAAUCAGGAGGGCCCCCGAUGGGAGGAAUCGCAGUAUUGUCAAUGGGGACGACUGGCUCCACUGGGUGGGGCUCUGGCAGAUCGGCUCCUUCCCGAUUUCUCUGUCCUCGGAUGACCAGACUGUUGGAGGACUUUUGUGUAUGUCCCACACCUGGGCUCUUUCCGGCAGUGAGGUCUUUGCAGACAGAUGUCCCAAGUUUGGUUUCUAAUCAGUGUUAAGCAGGUUGAGGCUCUCCCGUGUGUCCAUGUUUGGUUUGUGUGUGAGAGUGAGCACAUCUGUGUGUGCAUGCCGUGUUUCCCCAUUUUCUCUCCUCCCUCUGACAUGCCAUUCAGAACAAAUGUAAGAGAUUCCUCGCCACCACCUCCCCGGCCCCCUGCAGGAGAGACAGAAUAACCCAGCGUCCUCCCCACCCCCUGGCUGUGUAUUUAUAUAGAUGGAAAUAUCCUUUCUAUUUUGUAUCAUCGUGCCUAUACUCUCUGCCACCUUGUAUAAACCCUGACCUGUGCAGCUUACCUGGAUACGAAUGUAUCGUACCCUCAUGCCGGCCCCCUCCUGUACAGCUGCUUUCUCUCCUGGCGCCGCAUUGUAUGGCUUUAUACAUGAUAAAGUGAAAGAAAAAUCUC